AUGGGCACGGUUGUGGAUGCUCCCGCAGUUGUGACUGAGAAGGAGGUGGUUGCUGAGAACAUGUUGGGUGACAAGAAAGUCACAGUAGUAUUUGUUCUUGGUGGUCCUGGAAGUGGAAAGGGCACACAGUGUUCCAACAUUGUUGAACACUUUGGAUUCACCCAUCUUAGUGCUGGAGAUCUUUUGCGCGCGGAGAUUAAAUCUGGCUCUGAGAAUGGAACUAUGAUUGAGAACAUGAUAAAGGAGGGAAAGAUUGUUCCGUCGGAGGUGACUAUAAAGCUCUUGCAGCAAGCCAUGAUAAAGAAUGAGAAUGAUAAGUUCCUCAUCGACGGGUUUCCAAGGAAUGAAGAGAAUCGUGCUGCGUUCGAGAAUGUUACAAAAAUUUCGCCUGCAUUUGUGCUGUUCUUCAAUUGUUCCGAGGAAGAGAUGGAAAGACGUCUUCUGGGACGCAAUGAGGUUUCAUUCUUCACAUAUGUGCUUAUGUUUGGCCUAUGUAUCCUUAUCAAGACCACCCUUUUCCUGUUUCCAACAAUUCGUAUUAUUUUGCAGGGUAGAGUUGAUGACAACAUCGAGACUAUCAGGAAGAGAUUCAAAGUUUUUGUUGAAUCCAGUUUGCCUGUGAUUGAGUACUAUGACGCGAAGGACAAGGUUAAGAAGAUCGAUGCUGCAAAACCAAUUCCUGAGGUGUUUGAAGAUGUCAAAGCCAUUUUUGCCCCAUAUGCCAAGGCUACAUAG